CGAUAACAAUAUUAUUAAUAUAGGUAAUAUUACAUGAAAUAAGUAAAAUCAUAAUGUUAUACGUAUGUUAAAUGUUAAAUGUUCAAUGCACAGUCCUACAUAAAUCAUUUCGGUUGUGCUUAACACUGUCGUUGGUUUGAUUUGUUAUUCAAAUAACGAGCGUAUUAAUUUCACCGCGUACCGUACCAACGUGUAAUAUCAUCACGGGCCCCACACACAUGACGACGACACGUCGAUAUUAUUCUGUUCGUUUUUACUGCAGUCGUUGCUGUUGCUGUUGACGUUAUCUGUAAGAUUGAACGAGAGAGCCGGUCAUCGCUGACAUCAUGUCAUCACCUGACGCCGUCAACGAGACGAAAUCUGAAGUCCAAGUCCCUGAUCAUGAAGUUGAACAUUCUCCUUUUGUGGACUUAAGUGAUCAAUUCAAUUAUACUUUGGAUAAUCUAGAGAACAACCAAAUAAACACCCAGUUGACAUCCCAUACCCUGCCUUUGGGUUCAAAGACAUUCUGUGAUAUUCUGGCAUCAUUGCAAACUCUGGUGUUAAGUCAAAACAAAAAGGAAAAUGGAGAAGGUUAUGAAGAAAAUGCCUUACCUGUUCUUCAAGACCUGGACAAAUUCAGUUUGACGUCAUAUUCCCUCAGCUAUUACAUUAGUCACUGUUUGCCCAAUGAACAGACUGUGCCCGUUUUAUCUUUGGUCAACAAGUCCACGACAAUGUGGUUAUCAAAAUUAUUUCAAUUUUCAAAUUGUGGAGCAUUUUAUACAGAAAAUAUGUUAUUAAGUUAUGAAAGAGUGUUACUGCUUGCUAUGCACCGCAUGUUCGGUCCAGAAUACUUAAAUCUAUCAGAAUUUCCAAUAGUAUAUUGUACACCAGAUCCAGUAUUGGUUGGAACAAUAAAGAGAACUGCUUUACAAAUUGGAAUGAAUGAAAAAUGUGUACAAAUCAUACCAUCUCUAUCAAAUGUACUGUGCCCGUACAAAGCAGACUUAGAUGCGUUAGAAACUAUCAUCACAACUGAUGUUGAAAAUCACAGAAAACCUCUUAUUGUUUUUGCAAGAGCAGGUGCACAUGUUACUGGUCAGAUGGACGAUAUUGUAAACUUAAAAGAACUAUGCAGUAAACACAAUAUUUGGUUGCACUUAUCCGGUGACAAUUUAUCAGGACUGGCUUUGGCAACAUUUAAAACUAAAAAUUCUAAUCUAGCUGAUAGUAUGACAUUAACUCCAAGCAUUUGGUUGAAUAUUUCUGCACUGCCUGUUAUCACUUUAUUUGAUAAACAAUAUACAAGUACAGAAAUAUUGAAUAUUUACAAGAGUAAAUGUUUACCUAUUUGGACAUGUUUUCAAGCUUUAGGACAUGAUGCGCUGGUACUAAGGAUACAACAAAAAUUUGAAAUUUGCCAACGCAUACAUAGUUUGGUUAAACGUUAUGACUGUCUGAGAAUUUUGUGUGAAACUAAUAACCAAAACAAUGAGUCAUCUAAUGAGGAAACAGUUGCUGAUAUUAUUGCCAACCGAGAGAAUAUUCCAGAUCUAUUACACAAUCUAUCGAGUUGUCUUGUCAUCCAAUUUGUACCAAAAGACUGUAACCAAAGAGUUUCUCCUUAUUACGAUAAACUAAAUUCUUGGUUAGGCCAAGUGCUAGAGCGAGAAAUUCCAGAAGCACCUUUAGAAUUGUGUGAAAUUGAGACCCUUGGUGUCGUAGUAACCUUUUCACCUUUUACUGUUUUAAAUUCACUAGUAACUGAAGAUGAUUGGGAAACGUUUAGCAUAUGUUUGGAUCAACACAUUGAAAUUUUGCUGGCAACAGUUGAUUAUAAAGAAAAACUGACGGGACUAAUAGCCAAUCUACCGUCACUUGAAUAUGUCGAAAUCGAUGACUGGGCAGGACUUGGUGCUGUACGGUACGUGCCACAACAGUGGCGAUCGUCUGAACAACAAUUGGCCACCGAUCAGGCAAAACAAGAUUUAAAUAGACUAAAUGUACGUAUUGUGCAGCAGCUUCGUUCGAUUGAUGCUGCAUUUUCGUUUGGUGAAGGAAGUGAUGGAUUAGCUUGUGUUCGUUUUGGUAUGGUGACGGCUGACACAGAUGUAGCAGAAUUAUUAUCUUUAGUUCAAAGUACCGGGUGUAAAGAAGAAGAGUCUACCAAAUACAUUGAUUCAAUGGCUGAACUCGUGAAAAAAGGCAUAGAGACUGCGACUGUAGACUUAAAAAAAGAAACCGAAGAAAAAAUAUGGCAAGAAGGUAUUUUACGACAUGUACCAGUUUUUGGGAACAUAGUUAACUGGUGGUCUCCGCCAGCCAAAAAUGCAGUGAAAGGUCGUUGGUUAGAUUUGGAGGCAGGAGUGGUUCGAUCGACCGAAGUAAUAUACGAAAAGAAGGCACAAGUAGAAGAUUCUGAUGGCAAUGAAAAUGUACCUGCUGAAGCUGAUAAUGUGCCGAUGGAGUAAAAGCAGCUAAACACAUUAAGUUUACUGCUAUAAUAUAUUAUUAAUUUUCUUUUUUUUUGUGUAUUUAUUUUAAUAUAUUGUAAAUUUGUUUCUGA